UACUUUUGAUAUAAGUAGAAAGAGGGAAACAUAUUUUGAGUCUUUAUUUGGAAUAUUUACAUUAAAAAGAAAAACCCUCCCAACAACCAUGGCCUCGUUUCCGGUGAAGCCUCUACCUUCCGGCCACUUACAGCUUCUUCACUGGAAUCUCGUUACUCCCCCGUCGAUGAUAUCCGCCGGUUUCAAAAGGCAGCAUAUCUUAGGAGUCCCUUCUUAUCUAUGUAUUGAUGAAUCUGUGAGGCAUAUGAGAAGCCUUAGGUCGUUGAACAACCGUCGGCGGGUAAGUAAAAGCGCCGGCGUGUCUAUGUCGGUUGCUUCGGCUGAGGAUUUGCCUGCGGUUUCUUGGGAAUCUUGGAAGCCUGACAAGAACACCUUAGCUCCGUCGCUAAGUGACGUCAUUUGGCCUGCAGCAGGAGCGUUUGCGGCAAUGGCGAUAAUGGGAAGAUUAGAUCAAAUGUUAAACCCUAAAGGGAUCUCCAUGUCGGUUGCACCACUUGGUGCCGUCUCUGCCAUACUCUUCACCACCCCUUCUGCUCCCUCUGCUCGAAAAUACAAUAUGUUCAUGGCUCAAAUAGGUUGUGCAGCCAUUGGGGUGCUGGCGUUCUCCGUCUUUGGGCCAGGCUGGCUUGCCCGCAGCACCGCUCUGGCAGCUUCCAUCGCGUUCAUGGUCAUCGCUCGUGCCAAUCAUCCUCCAGCGGCGAGUUUACCACUAUUGUUCAUAGAUGGAGCAAAGUUACAUAAGUUGAACUUUUGGUACGCAUUAUUCCCAGGUGCAGCCGCUUGUAUCCUCCUCUGCUUCCUCCAAGAGAUAGUGUGUUACCUGAAGGAAAACUUAAAAUUUUGAAAAAUGGACACAUGUUUAUAAAUAUAUAUACCUAUACAACACGUAUUGGUGGAGGAGAGAUCCUGCAUGUGAAGAUUUUUGGUUCAUGUUUAGACGUUAGUAGAUGGUCGACGUAUUUUCAUACCCGUAUAUAUAUGAAUACAUAUACAAAUAUAUAUAUAUAUAUAUAUAUACGUUUCCACGAAACUUGUAGUGAUCUACUUUUCUUUUCCGUUUUUGAUCUUUUAUGUUUCAACAAAAUAAUGUGUAUCAAUGUAUCAUCGUACAUAUAUAUAUAUAUAUAUAUAUAUACGCAUGGGAGAAUGUAGAAUAUUUUGCUUCACUUGGAAGAAAAUUAUUAUUUGUGGCACCGAACAAAACUUUCGAUA